UUGACAUCGGAUCUUUUUCCUUUUUUCCGCGACUUUUUUUUUUUUUUACGCGGGAAGUGACGGCGGGAAGAAGGAGAAGACAAAGUUGUUGCCGCGGCAAAGUUUGGAGGUCAAGAAGGCGUUGGAAGAAAAGCGCUGACGAGUUUCGCAUACCCCCGAUUUACCCUGACCUGUGACCCCCUUUUCCCUAACCAUGGCUCACCGGUCACAAAGUUCGUCAAUUGGAGAGAACCCCCUCGAUCCAAAAUACCUGCCCCCGCACUACAAGGAGGAGUAUCGUCUUGCCAUUGAUGCACUGAUAGAACAUGACGUACCGGGUUAUUGCGAGUUCCUCCAGAAUGCGGACGUGGUCAGCUUUCUCGCGCCACAAGAAAUCGAGCACAUCAAAUCUACCAUCCAGGGGCCUAGUCACUCCCAAAGCGUCCCAGAUCUGACUUUCUCAGAUGUGGGCCACAAUGUCGAGGGAUCCUCAGACACCUACUGGCCCAUGCAGUCCGAUAUGGCCGCCCCGGGCCUGGACCUGGGCUGGCCACUCACCCAGCACAACUUUGUCGGGCCCACGGAAGUCACUACUCUGGUUAACCCCUCGGAAACAAACAUGCCUAGCAUUAAGGAGCAAGCCAGGAGACUGAUUAAGAACGCUCGCCAAGUCGUUGCCGUGGUGAUGGACAUGUUUACAGAUGUUGACAUAUUUGCUGACCUCUUGGACGCAGCAGCACGCCAUGUUCCUAUUUAUAUUCUUUUGGAUGAGCAGGAAGCCCACAACUUUGUCUCCAUGGUGAUCAACUGUAAGGUCAACCUGGACAUGAUCCAUAUGAUGCGCGUCAGGACUGUGGCCGGAAUAACGUAUAAUUCCCGGACGGGAAAGUCCUUUAAGGGGCAGAUGAAAGAUCGCUUCCUGCUGGCUGACUGCAGGGCUGUACUUAGCGGUAACUACAGCUUCAUGUGGUCAUACGAGAAGAUUCAUCGCUGCAUCGCUCACCUUUUUCUUGGAGAGCUAGUUGCCACGUUUGACGAAGAGUUCCGCAUUCUCUAUGCUCAGUCGGAGCCUCUCGUCGUCGACCCGUCGGACAGAACUCUCGCCCUCUCUGACACUGGAAGUUUCUUCAACAGACAGAUAGGUUUUAAGAGGACCCAGUCAUUACGGAAUCCCGUGAGUUUCCGAAGGCAACCCGAGAUUUCCUACGGUUUCUCGCACGGAGACCAGGACCGCAACUCUGCACUUCCUUUCCGGAGGAACGACCCCUUCCGACACACUAUUGAGCCCGGGGCGGGAAUCACCAUUGGCAAGUACUCCCAGCAACAGUUCCGCUUGCAGUCGUCAUAUUUGGACCAGGGAAGGUCGAUGGUAUCCCGUCAGAUGGAGUUGAGCGGCUUUAAGAGACACAGCUAUGCAGAAGGAACCCAAGAGAACUACAUGUCCUCGAGGCACUACAUGAAGCACAGAGUCAUGAACAAUCUCGAUGAGUCAGACCUCCACAGAGAACAGAAACUCCAUUUGUACAAUGAAGGGCCUGGAUCAGGUUCUGGCCACGGACACUACGACAGAAUACGUUCUACACAUCUAGCCAUUGACCAGUAUUCAGACUCCAGCUCAUUCCGCUCCGAUCAAGAGCCAAACUAUGGAAACUAUGGCAGAGGUGGUGUAAAUCUUUCAUCAGAGGAUUUAAGUGGACCAGAAGGGGUUCAGACACCUCCAAUAGCUGGAAGGUAUGGAGGAAGUUCUGCUCUGAAGAGGCCAACCGUAGGACAGGCUUAUGCCUGUCAAAGCUCACCCACACAGCUUCACCCACCAGAGAAGAAGCCAUUUUCGAAACAAUCCGAACAGGAGCACAACCAAGACUCGAGUGUUAGGCACGGUUUAAGGAACUGGAGGAUCCAUUCGUAUCUUAGUACAUAUGAGGAAGGUGGAGAAGAGGGUCUGAAUCAACCCUUGGGGCCCGAUGCAUUUGAAGAUCCCCCACCUUCUCAGGAGCAAGACUAUUCAGUUGCCCCUAAGGCCAGAGUAGAGAUCCAAAGACCACGCUAUGGAAAGCCAGUUGUACCUGACAGAACCGAGGUGCUCUCCUCAGUUAGUGACAAGAGAUCCAUGUCAGUGGAUAGACAUGAGGAGGAUGAUAGGAGUUUUGGAACGGAGGACAGCGAGGCGCCAGAUCGCUUCCUUUCGAAACAUGAAUCCUUCCGCUCGCGGAUUAACCCGCUCCUGCAGCGUAGCUCCCGUCUACGUUCCUCGCUCAUAUUCUCAUCGUCGAAAGCAGAGAUGCACAGCGGAAGCACUGGCCUGAAAGCAGCCACAGAAGAAGAUGAGAAGUUAGACUCUGUGCGCACUUCCUCCAUCGUAGCCCAGAUCCUAGAGAAGAGGAGGGCUUUAUCUCGAGAACCUUUUGACUGGAAAAAGACACCCGAGGAGCAGAGCAAGGAGAAAGAAGAAAAGAGUGGGGUUACAAAUCAAGAAGAAGAAGAGGAAAAAAGCUUGACAAAUACAACAGAAGCAAAAGACGAAUACAAGAAAUCUGAGGGACCUUUAAAGUCUAAUGACGGAGUGUCAUCGUCUCUAAAUAUCAAUGACCCGGCCAGUCGACUGCAGUAUUUCAAUGACGUCGCUGCCAAGAGAAAAGCAUCAAAAAUGGAGACUGAGUCAUCGCUGAAAGGCCCAGAGCCAGCUGAGAAAAAGUCAGACGUCUCUGACAAAGUCCCCGAAAAAACGAUAGCGAGCACGACAACCCCCGCUGCUGCUGUCGUGUCAACAGAAUCCGAGGCAAAGAAAUCAGAAGUCCAAGCAAAAAUUGCCGACCUCAAUCGGCGAUCUUCGUUUACGUCUACAAAAGCAUCGCUAAUCUCUCCGAAGCCUUUUGUGAGCGCCGUGAAGCCUUUUGAACCUCACAAGGAGGAGAACUCAUCCGAUAGCCAAAAGAAAGAUUUAUUUAAGUCAUUGAAGCCCCUUCCGUCCCCUAAGAUCUUUAAAAGGGACCCGCUCAAGCUCAAAGGACUCAACCCUCGUAGGAUCUCCUGCGGUGAGGAGCUCUUAACGGAUGCCACAGACACAGAGAAGAGUGAGCUGAAGAAGAGUCGUUCCCAGAGUUCUUCCACUUUGCCUCGUGACGACUCAAAGGAAGCUCAGCAGAGGGGAUCCAACACCUCCAUCAACACACUUAGUAGUGGUGAGGGAAAGAGUGACGGUAAAACCCUUGACUUCCUGAAGAAACAGACCCAGAGACUGAAGGGAUUAUUGGUACCCAAAGAUAAGGAGAAGAAAUCAUCGGGUGAGGACCGCAGCAUUGGCACAGUGAAAGAAAUGGUUGAAGAUUACAGCAAAAAGCAGAGUUCUUCUGCCAAGGACGCAGAAUCUUCCCCUGCCGAUCAAACAACCGACAAUCACCGGACAUCAGCCGGCACAUCCGUCUCACGUUACCAGGCGUCCGCUAACUCGACCCUGUUCAGUAGCAACCUCCGCGAUGACACCAAAGUCAUCCUGGAGCAGAUCUCAGCCAACAGUCAGAAGAACCGCCUUGAGCGGGACGACGCAGGAGACGGCGAGCGCGAUGCCAAGGCCAAGGGUGUGGACAGCGACUUCUCUGCAAAAAGGAACCGCUUUCUGCGACCACAAGUCGGCGUCCAGGAGAGGGAGGGACUGCUGAAGAGGAUAGAGAGCCUGAGGAAGGAGAAGAAGGUCUACAGCCGCUUUGAGAUGGGGAAUACCUUGGGAUAACAUGACAGACGGAGGAGUGAACGAUGACGUGGAAUCUUAAUAAAGCGACGAUCAAACAGCCACAAUGUGCCAACCACAUGCCAGGUCCGCUUUUUUUUGUGUGUUUUUUUUUAUACCUGCUGGAUUUUUACCCCGGAAGUAAGCUUGAAACGUGAAGUCAAUGGGUGCGGAAUGUUUGCCAAACACUGGUACACUCAGCAAGAGGACAGGCUCAAGGAAGAAGGGAGGGCUGUGGACACGACUGAAAGACACAGGAAGUGAGACAUUGCACCGAAAUGGCGGGAAAUGCAGAAGCCAUUAAAGAAAUGUACCUGGAUUCUAGUUGGACAUUUCCCUGGGUGCUUUGUGUUGAUAUCAAUUGUGUAGUUUUCUUUUUUUUUUACAUUUUGGGGAUUUACUGUGCCAAUCCAGGAGACUAGCAGAAUGAACUGGGGAACGGACGACGGCUGAAAACACAAACACAUGCUAGCAUGCUAACACAUGCGAGUGAGGCUGCAUUCACACCUGUCGUGUUUGCUUCGCUUUACCAGAACUCUCUCUUCGCUCUACUGGUGCGGUACGCUUGGUCGAGUGUGGCCGAGACCGCUCGAGGCACGGGUUUCAGUCUGCUUGCAAGUGAACUCUGGUGCGGUUGGCUUCAUUUCAACUCACAGAGGAGCGUCAAAAUGACAAACGUAAGACAAAAUAGGUUGGAAGAGUUCCCCGUUUUCUCCCAAUGGUGCUCUUUUUAGUCUGGAAUAUCAGAGUUAUGUCACAAAAUCUAUAUUUUACAAGCUUUUUGUCAAAUCUAAGCUGGAAAAAUAUAUCAGAACCGUUUAAAACAAUUAAGUAUUCAACCUAGCAGACAACAUUUUAGUCUGCAAUAUCAGAGUUAUGUCACAAAAGCUCUUUCAAAGUAUAUUUGACAAGCUUUUUUUCAAAUCUAGGCUGAAAAAUAUAUCAGAACCGUUUAAAACAAUUAAGUAUUCAACCUAGCAGACAACAUUUUAGUCUGGAAUAUCAGUUAUGUCACAAAAGCUCUUUAAAGUAUAUUUUACAAGCUUUAUGUCAAAUCUAAGCUGGAAAAAUAUAUCAGAACCGUUUAAAACAAUUAAGUAUUCAACCUAGGAGACAACAUUUUAGUCUGGAAUAUCAGAGUUAUGUCACAAAAGCUCUUUCAAAGUAUAUUUUACAAGCUUUUUGUCAAAUCUAAGCCGGAAAAAUAUAUCAGAACCGUUUAAAACAAUUAAGUAUUCAACCCAGCAGACAACAUUUUAGUCUGGAAUACCAGAGUUAUGUCACAAAAAGCUCUUAAAAAAGUAUAUUUUACAAGCUUUUUGUCAAAUCUAAGCUGGAAAAAUAUAUCAGAACCGUUUAAAACGAUUAAGUAUUCAUCCUAGGAGACAACAUUUUAGUCUAAUAUCAGAGUUAUGUCACAAAAAGCCCUUAAAAAAGUAUAUUUUACAAGCUUUUUGUCAAAUCUAAGCUGAAAAAUAUAUCAGAACCUUUUUUAAAAAUACGUAUUCAACCUAGCAGACAACAUUUUAGUCUGGAAUAUCAGAGUUAUGUCACAAAAGCUCUUAAAAAAGUCUAUUUUACAAGCUUUUUGUCAAAUCUAAGCUGGAAAAAUAUAUCAGAACCGUUUAAAACAAUUAAGUAUUCAACCUAGUAGACAACAUUUUAGUCUGGAAUAUCAGAGUUAUGUCACAAAAAGCUCUUGAAAAAGUAUAUUUUACAAGCUUUUUGUCAAAUCUGAGAUUCAAAAUUUUGAAAAAUAACCAAAUAUUCAACCUGGUAGACAUCAUUUAGGUUCAGAAUGUUUAAGUUAUGUCAGAUAAUUGAUGACAAAAGCUGCCUGAUGAUGUCAUUUCUUAGGUUUUUACUGCACAGGCUUUGGUCAGGACAGAUAUAGCAGGGUGGAGCCAACUGCACCAAGUAUAUUUAUAUUAGGGGUGUCAAAAAAACUUUUCUUUGAAUAAGUCGCAAUUCUUACAUGUAACGAUUCCUAAUCGAUUAAAAAAAAAAAUCAAAAAUCGAUGUUCUUUUUUUUUUAAUCUGUGCUGUCCAGCCACUCAGACAAAUCCUAUUGUUGAUGUAGAUCAGUGGUCCCCAACCUUUUUGUACUUGCGGACCGGUCAAUGCUGGAAAAUUUGUCCCACGGACCGGG